AUGUUUACUACUGAGACUCUUCUUGGGGCUAUGCUGCUUAAACCGCCGACUUCCCCUACCAAGGACUCUGAGCAGCCACAAUUUCCCAUCCUAGAGAACAAUCCUUCUUGCUUAACAGAUACUACUCUAGGACACUCAUCUUCAAAGAGGUCGAUUCUUAAACAGUACUCUAUAUCACCUGUUGAAAGGCUUCAUAGGCAACUGUAUAGCAUUCUACAAGAACCAGAGUUUGCCAAUCUCUCUGCAGGUGAAGAGGAAGAUGUACUCAUUUAUCCUGACAGAAACCAAAUGUUUACUACUGAGACUCUUCUUGGGGCUAUGCUGCUUAAACCGCCGACUUCCCCUACCAAGGACUCUGAGCAGCCACAAUUUCCCAUCCUAGAGAACAAUCCUUCUUGCUUAACAGAUACUACUCUAGGACACUCAUCUUCAGAAGGGUAUAAAUCCUUGAAAAAGAUAUAUUCUAUCUCUGCUCCAUUUGGAGCCAAAGGUGUAUUUGUAGGCAAGAGAGCUCGUGGUCGACCCCGAAUCAAAGUAGCAAGAGUUACAUAUCUUAACAAGAAGAGAGCCUCUAAGAAACCAAAAGACCAUUUGCUAGCCAAGGAGUCCUUUUUGAAUGCAAUCCCUCCAGCUUCCCUUUCGCUCGAUGGAAACUCCAACAUGCUUGCAAUGAAGGAAAUCAAAGUUGAAACACUAGCUACUGACCUACAGAAUCAGCUCAGUAUCAAUGAUUCUGGCACGGUGGAUGGUUCUCAAUAUGCUGCAGCCUCUGAAUCUGGCUGCAAUCUGGAGGAACUGAAAAUAGCCUACAAGACAUCCCAAAUCCCAAAUGCUUAA